UUGUGUGUCCGCUUGGCUUGGGUGCAAAUACAAAACGCUGCAUUCAGAGUUAGAGAGAAAUUAUGGUUGGUCGUGCAGUGCGCGUUCUCUUUGCCCUGGGCACUGUCCUAGUUGUCACCCUUGUCCUGUGUAACGACGAGACUAGCCUCGCCCACGAGAAAUCAGUCCCGAGAGAAAUGAACGCAGAUUCCGGUGGCGGAAGGACCAAACUAAAUGGGGAGCUUCACGAAAUAGACUUUACGCAAUUGCUAAAGGAAACCAUGAAAAGCCGCCAGAGGAGUGACAUGAUGGGACGCAUUUUUUCAUCGGCGAUGAAGAGACUGUUCUACGCCUCGCACUCGCGGCAGCGGCGCUCGUCGUCAUUCCAGAAGCUGUUUGCCGCGCUCAGCCGACGUAAAACCAACCCUUACUGGCACGAGAUGCCGCCCCAGGCACCAUCUGUCACGACUCCCUCGACCACCAUGACCACCACUCAGGCGCCAACCACCACGCAGCAAACGGAACCCACGACCGUCAAUGUCGUCAUGGUCACCGAGGUCAACGUGCUCAACUUUGAAAGUGAACAUCUCCGUGCUACGGACAACAGGGUGAUGAUUACCACAAAUGCAGAAAAAGGAGACGCAAAGAAUUUCGCGUUGAUUGCGGACGACUGCACAGAAAAAAGUGCUUCUGUCAGGUCGUCAGCCGCGUCCUGCACAAUGAUGAUUACCUGUUUCUUGGUACUUUUAAGGCACUACGUAGGUUAAAAAAUUUUAUCCAGGGAAGUCGUGCUCUGUAUUGCUAAAAGAAAUUGCUAAGAUAUUAUUUGUAAGAAUUAUAAGAAAUUGGGGAUUUUGAUCAUAAGGUAGCUAAUAAAUAGUUUAUCAAUUGUACAAAGUAUUUUUUAACUGCCUAUGUAAUCCCAUACCUGAGCUUUUUUUAAUUGUUUCGCACAUUAUAGUUGAAGGAAUCGUUUCUGUAAA